AUGCGGAUGCCCGCCAACCCCAACGCCGUCGCCGUUGCCGUCACCGUCGCAGCCGACAACCGGCCGGUCGUGGCCACAUCUGGUGCUGCUGCUGUUUUCUCACCCUCAGAGGAGACUCUUCAGCCUCCUCCAGCUCCUCCGCCUCCACUUCCUCCGCCCUCAGUCCCGUCCAUGUCGGUGUCGCUGGCUCGCCCGUCGCGCCAUGACACCGCCCAUGCUACCGGCCGCCUCGAACCUUAUUCCUUCUCCGUCAACCAUCCGCCGCCGCCGCCGACCUACUACCGCCGCUUGGCUGCCGGUCCAGCUCCGGCUCCGCCGCCGGGUGUGACUUCGGUUUCCACGCCGGGUCCUUCCGCUGCAGCAGCUGCAGCCUCCCGUCAUGACGCGCUCAGAUUUCCCCCAUCGCCGUCGCCAACACCCUCUCAUCCCACCACCUUCGGCGUCCUCGGCAGCAACCACGACAGAAAUCACAGUAAUUCUAGCUUCGUUAGCAACGCCAGCCAUGGCUAUGCCACUCUUACCCCGCGCUCAGACCCCAAGCCCAGCCGAUGUUCCGUCAUGGACCUACAGAACGUGCUGUGCGACCCGGAUGACGAUGUGAACAUGUCUUCGUCGCGCUCGAGUCACCCUCCUACGCCCCCCCAUCUUAUUGAUGUACUCAACCCUCCUGCCCCGGGUUCCAUACCCGCCUCUCCAACCUCGGAUUCAUUGGAGCCUCCGACAUUUGUGGCUCGCCCGAAUCCCUCUCACGUCGUCAUGACUACGAGGCCUCAAUUGCAGACCUCUCAACCUCAGCACACGGAGCCUGGCUGCAAGACCUGUCAGAUUCGUAAGAUGCCUUGUGACGAGGGGCGUCCCUCAUGCCAAAACUGCUCACGCAUGGGCAUCCAUUGCUUGGGCUAUCUUUCUCCGAGUCAUGCCGCCACCCCCCAACAGGCGUCGGACCGUUCCGUUCCCAGCGUUAGUGCCAAUGCCCGACGCCAGGAUCAGGAGGAGUAUCUCUUCUUCCUCCUUGAUCAUUACCGACACACCAAACGCCACUGCAUGUGGGAACUAAUCACCCUCGAUUUUAAUGAGCAUUUCUCAUGUAACAUGCGUAAGGAAGCUCUGCAGAUGAUCAAACGCCGAAGAUUAAAGGACAAGGAUACUCGGGAAGCUUCACCAAACGAUGCCUUGGGGAACACGCAGCGUCCCAAGGUUAAGAGAGGCCGCCGACCGAAAUCUAGCGUCCCCUCUAUCCAGUCAAAGGAGGAUGGGCACGGCAGCGAGUCGGCCACCGGGUGA